CAGUCGUUCAACAAUCGUAGAGAAUAGAACUUCGGUGGUAACAGAUGCUGACAUUUUCGCUAAUUUAAGAGCUGCAAAGAGGAGAAGCGCACAAAAAGCUUUAAACUGCUUACGAGCGAAGAGAAUUUUAGGAACUCUCUGCUAAAAGAACUUUAAAUGUCUACAACUAAGCCUUUCAAAGUGCUGAUAGCGCAUACCGAUGUUCCGCCAGAGGGCAUCGAAAUCCUGAAGGAGAAAUGCGAGAUCCUGCAAGUGUUAAAUGAACCUCCACAAAAUCGCCCAGAAAUUCUAGAAAAGAUCAAGGGAGCUCAUGCUGUUAUAUGGGGUGGCCGGGACAUACUCGGUGCCGAGAUUCUGGAUGCCGCUGGGCCUCAAUUAAAGGCAGUAUCUACCAUGUCCUCGGGGAUAAACAAUGUGGAUGUGCCGGAGCUAAAGAAAAGGGGUAUCCCUUUGGGAAGUACUCCUGCGAUGCUUACCGUUGCGGUAGCCGAUCUUACGGUGGGUCUAUUAGUCGCCGCUGCUCGGAGGUUCCAAGAGGGUCGAAGGAAGAUAGAGAGUGACAAAUGGGAUAAGGACCAUCUUAACUGGAUGUUGGGUCAGGACAUUCGCGGCUCCACCGUGGGCUUUUAUGGCUUUGGAGGCAUUGGUCAGGCAGUGGCUAAGCGUUUGAUGGGAUUCGAGAUUGAGCGCGUGUUAUAUACCACCCGGAAUCGCGUUCGCCAGGAUAUCGAGGAGCAGUUCAAUGCCAAGAAGGUGGAUUUCGACACGCUCCUGGCGGAAAGUGAUUUCCUCAUCAUUGCAUCCCCAUUGACCAAGGAUACAUUGGGAUUGUUUAAUGCCACCGCCUUUAAUAAAAUGAAGGAAACGGCAGUACUGGUCAAUGUUGGCAGGGGCAAAAUUGUCAACCAGGAUGAUCUUUACGAGGCGCUUAAAUCAAGCCGAAUUUUCGCAGCUGGAUUAGAUGUCAUGGAUCCCGAACCCCUUCCUUCCAAAGAUAAAUUACUUACUCUAGACAAUGUUGUGGUUACUCCUCAUGUGGGCUAUGCCACCCAAAGAACCCGAAUUGAUGCCGCCAAUUUGGCUUCGCGUAAUGUUCUCCGAGGACUGGCCGGUGAGCCCAUGCUGUCACCUGCCUACUAAAAUCGGCGUGCUAGGUGUAUUAAAACAGAAAUUAACGAUGAAACUGUUUUUUUCUUAAAUGUGUGAUUUAAUUACGAAACAAGAGUGAAUGCUGUAGUCGAGUUUUCUGUUUUCUGAAAUAUCGAUUGAACUUUGCUAAAAUAAAAUAAAAUUGUUUAA